GAAAAUGUAAAAUGUUGAACCUUUUUCAACAACGGUAGUGUUCAUAAAUCUCUAAUGAUUGUGUUGUUUAAGGCAUUAGCUUUGUUUAAGAAACGACAACGUUUCAUCAGUGUUCUGUUAAACCCAGCUUUGGGGUUUUCACUUGGAAGUGAGCUUUAUCCCUUUGGCUCCCAUCAAUGGAGGUUCUAAACUCUGCUCUUCCUAAUAAUGGUUUCUUCAAUUUCUCGUCUUUCUCGUCCAAUUCGAACAGGAGACUCACUAACAAGAGAAACCAACAUCGAUUCAACUUGCCCAUCUCCAAAUUCCACUACUAUCGCGUUUCAAUUCUCCGAGUCUCGGCUCGGUUCGGAGAGACCUCGAGGAGACGUAAUUCGCUGAGGAAGAAGAUUAUCGGUGAUGAGAAUUGGCGUUCGACUCCGAAAUCUUCUGACCCAGGUACGAAACCUCUAAACGAAAGCCAUAAUUUCGAUCACAGUGAUGAUUCGAAAGAUAGCACCGAGGGAUUGAAAGAUAGGGUUGCUCAAGAUUCGAAUUUGCUGAAUGAGCUUGAAAAUUGGGUUGCUAGAUAUAAGAAUGAAGCAGAGUAUUGGGGGAUUGGUUCGAAUCCCAUUUUCACUGUCUAUCAGGAUUCUGUUGGAAACGUGGAGAAAGUUGAGGUUGAUGAAGACGAGAUCUUUAGUAGAAGAUCAGGUCUUGAGGAUUUGGAAUCAGUGAGUUCUAAGGUUCUAUAUGCGAAGAAAUUAGCUGAACAGAUGGAGAAUGGGGAAAAUGUGAUCCAUAAGGAUAGUUCUCUUGUCAAGUUCGUUUCUUCUUCUUCUUCUUCAGAGGAAGAGUUUCGUUUUGUUAGCUCCAUCCAAAACGCAAUUCUUCGUCUUGACUUAAUUCCAAAGUUGCCGGCGAUUGGAAGAGCUGUUUUGUGUGGUUACAUUGGACUCUGGUUACUGAAGACGGUGCUUGUGUAUAGGAAGAGCAAUGAGGUUGAGUGUACAGAGUUGGAGAAGGAGAUGAUGAGGAGAAAGAUGAAAGCUUGGAAGGAAAAGGAAAUGUCGGAGAAAGGUACUGUGGAAGUUUUGCACAAGGAGGGUUUGGAAAAGCCAUUGGUUUCGUUUGAGAAGCCUAAGUUUGAUCGGAAAGAACUUAUGAGUAGUAUUUCUAAAGUUAAGGGUUCAGAGAAGAAACUGGAACUCUUGAAUGCUUCUCAUGUUGAGAGUGGUGAUUCCUUGGACUUUGAUGAUAAGAUCCAUGAAAUCAAAGCAAUGGCUAGACGAGCACGGGAGAUAGAAGCUGGUAUAGAACUUAAUGAAAAGGAGAACCGCGAGGUGAACAAAGAAACGAGCGACAAUGAUGAAGAUAUAAGCAUGCGGUCACAGAGCAGUCUUCCACAUGAGGGUUUGACACCCAGUGAAGGUGAUGAUGAUAAAAAGGAAACCUUGGGGAUUUCGAUUGAAAUUAAUCAAGAAAACACUGAAAUGUUUGAUUUGGCUAUUCCAAUGGUGAAUGGAGCUAUGGUAGAUUCUGGUUCUCCUAUUCAUGAAAUGGCAGCAUCUGACAAAGAAAAGGUGAGUGAUGUGGUACCACUAGUUCCUACAGAUGGAGUCAUCCAAUCUUCUGAUGUCUCUAAGGAUCAGUUAAGUAUUAUGAAUAAUAGCCCUGGUCGUAAGUCACGAGUCAUACGGUCUGUAAAAGAGGCUAAAGAGUUCCUUUCAAGAAGAAGUGGUGAGAAAGAGACUACUCAGGAACCUUCUCAGAUGAUAGCCCAAGACAGUGAUGAAAUCUUCCCAAAGCAGAGUGACGAAGAGCGUGGUGUUGCUAGAAAACACGAAUUGGUUGACAAAAAUAAAAUCCUUGGUGCAGCUGUCAAUGGAACCUUGAAAUCUGCACUUGAGUCUACUUCUUCUGAACCGUUGGGGAAGGAUGUUGAUUCUCAACCCCAAAAGAAUGAUUACCAAAAACUCUCAGAACCUGGGAAUGCAGUUAAGGGAUCGAGCAAGCAAAGAGAUUCUUCAAAUAAAAUAGAAGAGCGCAAAACAAGUUUUUUCAGAUCAGCCAAAAGUUCUUCUGGUGUUACUGAACAAAUAGAGAAGGCAGAACCAUCGGGGAAGGAGAAUUGGAUAGAGAAAAACUACCAUGAAUUUGAGCCUGUUGUUGAAAAAAUGAGAGCAGGAUUUAGGGAUAAUUAUAUGGCUGCUAGAGAGGGUGAAACUCGGGAGCCAGGUACAAUUGCUGAAAUUGCAGAACUUUACCGCAGUGAGUAUAAUGAUGAGCUUGAGUGGAUGAAGGACGAAAAGCUAAGAGACAUUGUCUUCCGUGUUCGAGAUAAUGAGCUGGCUGGUAGGGAUCCAUUUCACCUGAUUGAUGCUGAAGAUAAAUCUAUGUUUUUGCAAGGCUUGGAGAAGAAAGUUGACAAAGAAAAUGAGAAACUGUCUCAUCUGCAUCAGUGGAUUCAUUCAAACGUUGAAAACCUAGACUACGGAGUAGAUGGCAUCAGUGUGUAUGAUCCACCAGAAAAAAUCAUACCGAGAUGGAGAGGGUCUUCGCUUGAUAAGAACCCCGAGUUUCUCAAUAACUAUCAAGAACAGCGCGAAGCGUUGUUUUCUGGAAAAGCUGCAUCUGCAUCUCCUGUGAAAUAUGAAGAACAGAUCUCUCAUCAGGAAUUAUCAGAGUCUGCUUCCUCUGAGAACACUCUCACCCCUUCAUCUGAAAUGACCUCAAGCCAGCCAAAGAUUGUUGUAGAAGGAAGUGAUGGAUCUAUUAGACCUGGUAAAAAAUCAGGAAAGGAGUAUUGGCAGCACACGAAGAAAUGGUCACGCGGGUUCCUCGAGUUGUACAAUGCAGAGACUGAUCCAGAAGUGAAAGCUGUUAUGAGAGACAUGGGAAAAGACUUGGACCGAUGGAUUACAGAAGACGAAAUCAAAGACGCAGCUGAUAUAAUGGAAAAGCUGCCAGAGAGGAACAAGAAGUUCAUGGAAAAGAAACUGAACAAACUCAAGAGAGAGAUGGAGUUGUUUGGUCCUCAAGCUGUUGUGACCAAAUACCGCGAGUAUGGAGAAGAUAAGGAAGAAGAUUAUCUAUGGUGGUUGGACCUUCCGCAUGUACUGUGCCUUGAGUUGUACACAGUUGAUGAAAACGGAGAGCAGCAAGUAGGGUUCUACACAUUGGAGAUGGCAACAGAUCUCGAGUUAGAACCCAAACCACAUCAUGUGAUCGCUUUCGAGAACGCUGCGGACUGUCGAGACCUCUGUUACAUUAUUCAAGCUCAUUUGGAUAUGCUACGAAGUGGAAACGUUUUCAUUGUUCCGCGUCCGCCAAAGGAUGCAUAUCGAGAAGCCAAGGCGAAUGGGUUUGGUGUAACGGUUAUUAGGAAAGGAGAACUGAAGUUGAAUAUUGACGAACCAUUAGAAGAAGUAGAGGAAGAGAUAUGUGAGAUAGGAAGCAAGAUGUACCAUGAUAAGAUCAUGGGAGAUCGAUCUGUGGAUAUAAGCUCGUUGAUGAAAGGUGUCUUUAACCUGAAGACCAAACCUACUGGCCGAAGAAGAAAACGAUCAAAGCAGGCUCUUAAAGAUUCUAACAAGAAAAAUAGCUGAGGCACCAAGCCAAAAGGCCUAGCAACAAAGAUUGGAGGCAAACUAAAAAAUGAAAGCAUGUCAUUAAU